AUAGGGGCUUGUUUUUCUAACUUCAAAAAAAUCACAUUUUGCGGAGAAUUUUCUCAUAAGAAAAACUUAUGAAAUUCAGUGAAAUAUGAAUUGAAAAGUCCCGAAAACCUCUCAGAAAGUUAAUUGUAAAUCUUAUUUAAUUGUUUAAUGUAAAAAUCAUGAAUUCAUUCUUCCGGAAGUGCCUCGCCGAAGUGGCCCAAGAAGAGAAUGGGCAUUAUGGGCUUGUUCUUGAGAUACUAACCUCCAGGAGAUUGCUUGUGGAUCAUCAGGAAAUCCUCGAGGAUGUCUUUCAGUCGUCCAAGUGUAAAGCAACAAGCAGUCAGUGGUUUACUUUCAGGAAGUCCAUGGGGAUCUUUGUGGGUUCCCUGGGAUUCACAGAGUUCCUCAAGAGCUUCCAGAUUUACUCAAAAUUCAUCCUUAUCCCUCCACUCUUCGCUUCGGGCUAUUGUUUGAUGGCUUCCGUGAAGGAAUAUCGAGAUCUCCGGAAUCAUGGGAAGAUUUCAAAGAUUCACCGAUUAAUUGAGGAUCUCAACGCUUUCGAUGCCUUCUUGCGGAGGCAGAUGAUGUUCCUCAAAGAGAUGUCCCUCUUCAGGGCAAAGAUUAAAUCCUCGAGUGAAUGGGAAGCAAUUCUCACACAGAAAACAAUUAAAUCCGUAAGGAGGAUCACAAAAUUACUCUACCAGGAGACGCAGGAUCUCGAGGAAAGGUUCGAAGUCCCGUCAAAAUACCAAGGAAUCUACCAGCCACUGGACAAACUAGAGGAUUGCGAGUACUUCCGGAAAGCUGAAGAGGAAUUCGAUGAAAAACACAUAAAGGAAUUCUUCAACAUCUUCCUCUACAUCCAAUCUCAGUUCCUGCUAAAAAUUCCCCUGACAGCUGUGUCGGAAGUCAAUGGAUUCUCACAGUGUGGGAAGAAGGUUGCAAAAAUCCGAGAAGCCAUAGGAAGGGAACUAAAAGAAAAUUCAGAAAACCUCGAUUACUUCCUCCAGCCAACUUCUGCAGAAACCACAAGACUGUCCAUUGAUCCGGAAGAAAGCAAAGGGAAGAUGCGUCAAUUCUUGUGCCUCAAAUCAGCUUCAGGUGCCAUCGUGACAAAGUUCCUGAGUCUUGCAACGCAGCUGCGGAUCUUCGACAGAAACCUCCAAGCAAUUGAGGCGGGCAGUGAGGAUAAUCUCCUGAAGGAAUUGCGUAGAAUGAAGGAAACCCUUGAAGUGCUGAGCACGUCAUUCACGUGCAUUAAUUUGGAAUUCGAAAAUCUCCAUCUGAUCCACAGCAAAAUUCUCAAUCUUCCCUGCAAUGCCCUAUUGGAUCCCACAGUCCUUGCCACAAACAAUGAAGACAAGGCGGGAAAAGUUGAGGAUUUAUCUGCAAAUCCCACCACGGAUGAAUUCUUCCAUCUGGACACAUCAGCUGAUGGGAAUUGGGAGCAGGAGGCUGGUGGGGAUUUCGAUCUGGCUGACUACGAAUACGAUCGUGUCAAUCAGAAGCUGAUAAAGUCCUCAUUUAAGCCCGUCCUGGUGCAGCUUCGGAAACGCAUUCAUCCCCUCCACGAUGCCAUGAAGGAACGUGAGCGGAAGUUCCUUAAAUCACGCGGUGUUGACGUUCCCGGAGACUCUGAUGGUGACUUCUCCGACAGCCUGGAAGAGGAAUCUGAUGUGGAUUCCCUCGGAUAUGAUGAGGACUCACCCCAGAGGAAGCCAAGAACGUCAAAAUACGACGAAAAUCGGGAAUUUCUGGAGGAAAAACAACGAACUGGACUCUUCUUCUCACUUCCACCCCCGCAGAAUUUACUCUCUGAGGAUGUUCUUGAAUAACUCAAAACUUCAAUUUUUUUUGCAACAUUUAUACUUUUUAUUUAUUUUUCUAUUUAAUAAUUUAUUAUCAUUUUGUUCUUCAAUUUUUUCUUUUUGCUUCGCCACAGGGACGAAUUGAGUUAUUUUAUGUGGACACCUUGUUAAUUUAUUUAAUAAUUAUAUAUUAUUCUGCUCUCUUAUUUAUACAUUUCUAUACAUGCUUGUAAGUUGAAAAUUAAAAUGUUGGAAUAGAAGAAGAAAAAAA